UUCAUACGUCAGAGCGGAGGUAUAAGACGAGCUCACCAGAUAUCGCUCACCACUGUCUGUGUGGAGCACAGAGGUAGCCAUGGCGAGAAACCUGAUCUUCCACUGCUUCCUCGUGGCCGUCGUUGCCGUUUCGGCUCAAGCUGCGCCGGAAGACAAGAUCGAUAACCUGGACGUGGACGAGAUUCUCAACAACGACCGCCUCCUGAAAUCCUACAUCCAGUGCAUGCUCGAUGCAGACGACGGAAAGUGCACCGCAGAGGGAAAGGAGAUCAAAAGUAGACUGCCAAAAUUCGUGGCGACGGGAUGCAGCGACUGCACGCCUAGCCAACUGGAGAAGACCGUCAAGACCUUGAAGCACAUAACAGAGAAGUACCCAGCAGAGUGGGCCAAACUGAAGGCCAAGUUUUUCGACCCUACGUGCGAGUGCACCAAGGACUUCGCUGAGACCUGGAAGCAGCGCGGGAUCAAUUUCUGAGCGCCACGCCAGUCCGACUCGCUUGAGAGCUGUCACAGUUGUACACAAUUCAACAGCAAAUAUUAUUCCUUCCCCGAAAUUGUCCGUUACCAUAAAUUCAUGUGACAACUUCAUCCAAUUUGGGCACUCAACGCAAUUUCUUAACUUGCACUUGUUCACAAUGUUACAAUAAUUAUGCUAUGAAAUAAAUUUUUAUUGUUAAA